ACAAUCUGAAGAUUUGUCAGCCUGAGCCAGCUGAUAUGAUAAAACUCCCAACGAGGAGCAUGUAGAACAGGAAAAGGCAUUUAAAACUACUAAAUACAUUCUUAACUUUAUCUCGUAACACAAAACAAGUUUGAAAUGAAUUCCCUAGUGCGAAACAGUAGGUUGGCAUGCCGCGCCUUUUCGACAUCGCUGGUGCGGCAAUGCGCUCAGCCGCCAAAGAGGAAGCCGAAGCAGUUUUUCGGGCCUAUAACGUGGAAGUCGAUGGCGGCGACGGCGGUGGUGGGCGGCGGGCUGACGGGGUUCAUGCUGUACGUGAGGAAGGAGAAACAGGAGGCGCUGGAUCGGGAACGCAAGCGGCAGCUCGGCAAGGCUAAGAUAGGAGGGGAUUUUGAGCUCGUGGACGCUGAGGGCAAACUGGUAAAGAGCGCAGAUCUACUAGGCAAAUGGCUAUUGAUAUACUUCGGGUUCACCCACUGUCCUGACAUUUGCCCCGAUGAGCUGGAGAAAUUAGCGGAGGUUGUCAACAAACAUGAUGCAACCCCAUCUGCACCACCAUUGCAGCCAGUAUUCAUAUCAGUAGACCCUAAAAGAGAUACACCAGAAAUUGUGGGAAAGUACUGCAAAGAGUUCUCUCCGCGGUUCCUAGGCCUGACGGGCACGGUUGAGCAAGUGCAGAAGGCGUGCAAGUCAUACAGGGUGUACUUCAGCGCGGGGCCGCAGGACGUUGACAACGACUACAUUGUGGACCACACGAUCAUCAUAUACCUGGUGAACCCGGAGGGCGAGUUCGUGGACUACUACGGACAGAACCGCAACGCGAAGGAGAUCCACGACUCCAUGCUUGUUAACAUACAGAAAUACGAGGCGUCUAAGAAGUCCAAGUGGUUCUGAGCGAGGCCUGAGACUCGAACGUGACUUGCGUUUUAGAACAUGGUAAACUGGAGUUGUAUUUAUAAACUGGCAACAUUGUAGUGUCGCGUUUUUAGCCCCCGACUCAAAAACGACGGAGAAUUGUGACAUUGUAACUCCUGAUCGGAUGAACCGAUUUAGAUUUAGUUUCUUUUUUGUUUUUAAGCUGAAUUAGUCAGGAGUGUUCUUAGCCAUCUUUGAUGGAAAUCUGUCUACUCUGUUGGAAGUAUCUUCAAAAUUUAAUCUUAAAGUGCUAACACACGGCCGCGGUGCUAACUAAGGUCAUCCACAUACUAUCUUGUAAGUGAGAGCGUUUUUUUGUCGUACUCACUUACACGAAAAGUUUCAAGGUCGCAGUGCGGUGCGGUCGGAUGUUAGCUACUUUACAAGUAUUGAUUUGAAAGGGAUAGCACUACAAUGUUGCCACUUUUUAAUUUUUAAACACUUUUGCCAGACUGUACGUUACUUGAUAGCGUAAAUGUCACGGAAAUUACAUUUUUCAGUACAGAUGGUGUUUUUUGACGCACUAGCGCGAGAAGUGGUUCAUUACAUGUCAGGUCGAUACUUCGGAGGGCCAACUGUACUGAAAAACGUCGUACGAUACACAUGCGAAAAGGACAUUCGUAACUCGUGUCGAUUUAAAACGCCCCCUUCGGUGGUGUUUUAAUUUUUCGCCCCUCGUUUCGAAGUUCCCUUUUUACGCACUUGUAUCGUAAUGUACUAUUUAGUUUGGAGAAAGUGAAUAGCGCCCCCAAACGGUUAUUUACUUGAACCAAAAAUUGCAUCCACUUUCCGUGACGUUUACCGCUAUCAACGUAUUCUAAAACGUGAAAAAGUCGUGGUUUUUAACGGGUCAUUGAACAAGGUAUUUUCUGUUCUCGAAAGUUGAAGAAUAUUUCUCUGUUCAUUGGGCCGAUCAAGGCUCGGAACCGGUUUAUUUUUUAUUUCGAUUUUACUCCGAAUUUUUUAAAGAACACGAACGUUAUGAGAACGUUAUUUUAACCGAAACCGAACCGGUUUAUUCGACGAGCGGCGAGACGCAC